CGAGUUCGAAGCUUUGGGCAGCCUCUGUAUCGACUGUGCUGGACAACGAUGGCCAAAUUCAGUGUAGACUACAGCCGCUUCGAGAACCUCGCGGACUCCGACGAGGAUGAGGCACCGGUCAAAAAGGACCUGACCACAAAAAAGCUGCAGGAGCUCCAUCGGACGGACCCGCAGGCGUUGGACCAGAUGGAGGCGGAAGUCAAGGCGACGCGCAUGAGACUGGAAGAGGCCAAACGAUUACGAGAAGCGGCCUCGAAGCCGGGAGGCGAAAGAGCCGCCGCGUCGAUCCAAGACUCUAUCAAGUCACGCCGCAAGGAGAUGAAAAAUGACAUGAAGAAGAUGCAGGACGAGCAACGAGCGAUAGAAGAGCAGAUGCGGCAGCUCGACCAGUUGCAAAGUUGCGGGGACGAGAAGUCGUUGUUGGAGUUUUUUCAGAAGCAAGGCCUGAGCGAGGACCAGUUACGAAGGGGUCUCGGUGGGGACGCGUCGGGGCUGGUCAAUGAUAUGACCGAAAAACAUCGGAAGGAUAAUGAGGAGGCGGACCAACGUACUAAAAAUGUUUGUGACGUGGCCGACCAGCUGUCGCGCGUGUUGAAAGGUGAUCAGGUCACAGUGGAGGCACCGGUGGAGCCGCCGAAGCCGAAGCCGCCGCCUGCACCGACGCCGCCCCUGGUUAUGCAACCAGACUGCGCCCAGAAGCGUGCUGAUGAUUCAUUGGUGGUGACGGUGACGCUCCCUGGCUGUUCUUCGAGAGACGCGAAGCUCGACGUCUCCGAGACGCACCUGCGGUUGUACGCGCCCGCGCCUCCACAAAAUGGGCGCGCGCGCGAGUACCGGCUCAACGCGCCUCUGUCUAGAAGGGUGCGGUCAGAGGAGGCGCGGGCGAAGUGGUCCAAGAAGCUGUCGGCGCUGGUCGUGACGAUUCCCGUCGUGGGGGGUGGUGGGGGUAAGGAAUAG